GGUUACUACUUUGUUUUCCACUCAUGUAAACUUUGGAGUUUGGAAAAUGUGAUCGUGCAGAAGAACGUAAACAUAGUGUUUUGAAAGUGUUAUGUGAUCAGAAGAUGGAAUUAUUUGGUGCUUUGUUCUUUUUGGCCAAAUGUUUAGCUAUUACUUUUGGGUUUCAGUCAGGAGUAGACUAUGAUGGAGUAUUAAAUGUGAAACUGCGCCAUGCUCUUGAUCAUGUUCCUAGCCCAGAGUUCACUGAUCGUGGUGCAAUAACGAUACAGAGCAUACGAACUGGAGCUGUUUCAGCACAACAGAUUUCCCUUUCUGCAUUUGACAGACAGAAAUUGAAGCACCUCGCAGAAAAAGACGGCUUGUACAGGAUUAAUGCAACCGUUCGGACUGUGGAUGGAAAGGAAAUUUCAUUUUUGACAUUUGUGAAAGCUUGCUCUCUGGUGGAGUCGGGGCUCUCAGAUAUACUAACGGUCUCACUGGACCAUACAGGAAUGCCUGUUGCUGUGACUGCAAGUACUAUAUCAGAUGGGUGCCAUGGAGACCUAGAAAUUAUUGAAGAUCUACGCAACUUUAACACCAGUGUAUUUGUCAAGCACAUGGAACAGGGACCUGUGCCUGAUACUGCUACCUACAUACAGAAAUUGGAGAAAGAGAAAGAAGCAAGAGAAAGAGGUGAAACACAAGACAACCGCUCUUUCCUAGCAAAAUAUUGGAUGUACAUAGUCCCAGUGGUGAUCUUUGUGCUGCUGUCUGGUGCUGCUAACCCUGAAGGUGCUGCUGGCGGAGGGGGAGGUGGUGGGGGUGGCGGCGGGGGUGGCGCAGGCAGGUAGAUAGCUCAGGUGCAACUUAAUCGCCUGCUCCACUGCCUGGUUACAGCUGGACUAACAGUUCACUGGCUUAUCCUGUAUUCGCUUUACCUGACGUUGUACAAUAUGGUUCCGUUUCGUUCCUUAAAGUGGGCUUUUAUCGGUGGCUCACAAGUAAACUAUUUAUGAACAUUUGAUGAACGUUGUGAAAUCACAUUGAAUAAAACUGUUGAUACUUUUUAUCUUUGCACACUGUCGUAUUACAUUGAAUAUGAUGUUCUAUUAUUAUGUGCUCAGGUUUUCGAUGUAUGAUUGUGGUUCUCACUUAUGCCGUCUAAUAGCAAUACCAUAACUGGUGUAGGCUUGUUGCUGCAGAACAUUGUUGAAUGCUUAAGCUGAGACAAAAUGUGACUUUUUCUAUAUUUAAUAAUUUAGAAUGAAAAUAUUUAUUGCACUGUUACUGAAAAUAUAUUUAAAAUUGCAAAUUUGAAUAUUGUUGUGUUGUAUAUGAUUAGGAGUAGAGAAAAUAAAACUGAGCUAUUGAUUUCACCCAAAA